AGACCCUGGAGAAGAGAAGGACAGCAGAGAAGAAGAGAGUUAGAGAGAACUUUUGUUUUCCUGGUACUUUAAUGAAGUUGGCCCUGUUUAGUCUUGGAGGGAUUAUAGCUCAGACUGGAGUCACUUGUGUUACUUGGCCCUGUGACUGCUGUGCUGUGAGGUGAGUGAGGGAGCUUUCCUUAGGGUCACAUGAAGGGGAUGAUCGCAGGACAGAAGCAGAGCGGGAAGAAGAGCAUGAAUAUGGCGGCAGUUUCACCUACUCACCCAGGCUUUGGGAGAUCAGGGAAGAGCUUCCUCAUCGACAAUCUGCUGCGCUCGGCGGGGCCGUCCUCUUCCUCAUCCUCGCCCAACUCAGAUGGACCAACAGGUGGGUUCUUCAGGGGUCCCCUGACCGGCCACCACAGGAGAACCUGGGGCCCUCAGCAUGUUGUCUACGAGGGCCAGAGUCAGAACUGUAAACGAGUCAAAGACAGGGGGCUUCCUCCUCGGUCACACUCAGGCCUGUUGAGCAGUGUGUUUCUACGGGGCCCUCAGUAUCUGCUGGCAGCAGUGUGCUGUGGUGGGUCCAGCCCUCCGUCUGUCUUCUCCGAGGGAGCCAACAUUCCCAUGUGGUCCCCGGAUACGAGCCCCAAAUCCCGGCGAGGGAUCCUGAGGAGGGCGGUGUUCUCUGAGGAACAGAGGAAGGAGCUGGAGAAAACGUUCAAGAGACAGAAGUACAUCAGCAAGACAGACAGGAACAAACUGGCAGCAGAUCUCAGCCUGAAGGAGUCUCAGGUGAAGAUCUGGUUCCAGAACCGGAGGAUGAAGUGGAGGAACUGUAAGGAGAAGGAGGCCCACAGCGGCCGCUCCCCCAUGGAGGAGCUCAUGUCCCGGGGCUGCAAACAGGAAGAGGAGGCACCAGAGAGCACGGGCACGGCAUUAGACAGAUCAUCAUCACAGCAGUGGGACAGGGAAACAGGAGUUACCAUAGAGAAAGAGCCAUGCAAGAAACAUGUGACUUUGAUACAGCCACUGAGUCUGCACAGACACACUUUGACCUCUGACCCCUGAGAAGAUGAAAGAAUGAGAGAAACCACUGGGCAAAAACUGGUUGAAUCAACGGUGU